AUGGACGCGGAGGCAAACCCAGGAAGCACAGCCCAACAUGCAGAAUACACACCCACCGACAGAGAUGGAGGGCGCCCCGACCAGAAGUCUGCGGGGAAAGUCAAGGGCAAACUCAUCAGCACGAACUUUGCAGUCAUGGUUGCAGGAAUGAACGACGCCGCCGUCGGGGUCCUCAUCCCCUACCUCCAACCCUCCUACGGCAUCACCCUCCUCCAAGUCUCCUUCAUCUACCUCAUCAACUUCGCCGGCUGGCUCUUCGGCUCCUUCGCCAACAUCCACAUCUGCGCGCGGGCAGGCACAGGAGGCACGAUGGUGCUCGGCGCAUCCGUGCAAUGCAUCGGGUACGCGCUCAUGUUCUGGAAGCCUCCAUUUCCCAUCUUCCUAUCGGCCUUCUUCUUCACGGGGAUUGGGGUAUCCCUGCAAGACGCGCAGGCGAACUCGUUCACCAUCACAGUGCAAAACUGCCACCGGUGGCUGGGCAUCUUGCAUGCUGUGUACGGGGUAGGCACUAUCCUUGCGCCGCUGGUGGCGAACACUAUUGCGGCGCGCACGCCUGCUUGGAAUGUGUAUUACCUGGUGACGCUUGUGCUGGGGGUUACCAAUGUUUCGCUACUGGCGUGGACGUUCCGGCGGGGUCUGUUCCAGCCGAAUGUGGCGAAUGCGAAGGAGUUGGCGGGGGGUCAGCUGAGAGAGACGGUGUCUAAUAAGGCUGUGUGGAUCAUGAACGGGUUUUUCUUUCUUUAUGUUGGGGCGGAGGUUACUUCUGGUGGCUGGCUCUCGCAGUUCCUCAUCUCCGUCCGCCACGGAGACCCCAAACAGGUGGGCUACAUCGCAUCGGUGUACUGGGCUGGCUUUACGGCUGGUCGGGUGGUGCUGGCUGAUAUCACACACCAGCUGGGAGAGCGUCGCAUGGUGUUUUUGUAUAUUGUGUUGGCGCUGGUGAUGCAAAUUUUGUUUUGGCUGGUGCCGAAUAUCUUGGCUAAUGCGAUUACGAUAUGUCUUUUCGGAUUCAUCAUCGGCCCAUUCUACCCCGUCGGGUUAUACGUUCUGACCGAGGUGAUUCCACCGGACCUUCACAUCGGUGCACUCGGUAAGGUUCUGCGCCAGUCUGGGCUCGGCCGGAUCGGCAGCAUUUCCAUUCUUGACGGGGGCCAUUGCGUCGCAGGUGGGGGUGCAGGUGUUGCCCCCGAUUAUAAUGGGGCUCGUGAUUGGGAUGGGAGUGUUCUGGGCCAUGAUGCCAAAGAGGCUUAUGAUUUAGCCCUUAUUCUUUCUUCUUCCCUAUUGACAUAUAUCGGGAUGAGUGGUUGA